CUCGUAAAAGGCUCCGUCGAUAUAUUCCUAUGUCAAUGAAGAGCCCCAAUGCUGUACACGCGUGCGCAGUGCGCGAGAGGGGUGAGCCAAUAUGGCGGAGCGCUAGCACGGGAGCGACUUUGCGCGAGGCGUUUGGCCGAGUAAGGAUACCUCAAUGACCUUUAAGAAACAAUUGAGGAGGAUCAUUAAGAAUUGGCCAGGGAGACGGAUAUUCGGCGAGUACAGUUUCCUGCCAGUAUUCUUCGUCCUCGGUGCUGCCCUCGAGUUUUCCAUGAUCCACUGGCACGUGGGAGAGGUUAACUUCUACAAAAUAUACAAGCGUCGGAGAAUAGAGGAGCUGGUGCAAGAGAGGUUACAGCGGGAAGCGUAAGGCGGACUCGUCGAAGAGGCGAGGCCUAGCUCGAUCGACUCUCCGCGCAUUCUACGAUGGUGUCUAUCCUGCGAACGUCCUUCUUCUGCGUAGCCGCAGGCGUCUCGAUGCUGACCGGCGCGCAGUGCGUCCACGCC